CUCUGCUCCUCACACCUCCCUGAGCAGGUCCUGGGGAGGUCAGGGUGCUGCUGGUUCAUCUCUGAGGCUCAGAGACCACAAAUAGCUUCACCUUUGCUGAGGAACACUCUGGUCCCCAGAGCAGUUGUACAGAACACUCCAAAGCCUGUUGGCCUUUGCCAUACAGGUCGUCCAUACGUUUUUAAUAGAUCCCUGCAAUAGUUUCGGUGUCAUCCUGCAUGAGCAACGGGCACUGUGAUGGUUUUUUCCAAGCUGGAGGGGCACAGUUGCCAUUUGCCCUGCACGGGUGUCCUGCCUUGCCCUCGCUCUGCCACUCCAGGUAAGUCCCAGCCCACCACAGUGGGAUUUGCCAGAGGAAACGUGGGAUUUUCACCACUCCUUCCUUCCCCACGCCAGCUUGGCUGCGGCGAGGACGCAGACGGGAGCGGAUGUGGCAUCCAUCAGGGGACGGGGCUGGCUCCUGCUCGGGGUUGGCUCAGCCACCCACAGCUGAGCGAGCUGGGAGCAGGCUGGGAGCAGGCUGGGAGCUGGGAGCAGGCUGGGAGCUGGGAGCAGGCUGGCUCUGGAGGCCCUGAUGCAGCAGCAGCAGCAGCCUGGGUGCCUGAUUCACUUUACCCACGGACGUCAUCGCGGCGGUGGCACUGCCGGGGUGACGUGGCGGUGGCAGGAGCAGCACCCGUGGGCUGAGCCCCGUCACGUCCCCACCGUGGCACAAACACGUCCGGCCCCGCUGCAGAGCCCUUAAAUACGGCUCGGUGCUAAACAGGAGCUGACGUCAGAGCUCGUUCCACCUCUCCCAGCCUGGAAAACAGGAGGGAAUAUCUUAAUAAAUCAGAUGGCAGCCAACCUUCAAAAUCAGGUCAGCCUCGCUGGCGUUCCCCUCCCCUCCUCACACCUCCAGCUCGUUUUCUCACUGUGAGCCCAGCCAAGCUCCUUGCAUCAUUCCCCCGGCGAGGCCAGCUGGGCUCGGAGCGGGAGCCGCGGGAAUGCGGCACCGCUCGGCUCCAGAGCUGGAGCUCCCGAGCGGGAGGGCACCAGUGGGGUACCACCCCUGCCCCGCUGCUGCCCGGCUCCAGGAUGCCCUCCCUGCCGCUGGGGCUCUUGUGGCAGAUGCUGGCUGAGCAGGCUGGGUUGGAUAAUGGAGUUCUGCUGGCGGGGACUGAGGUUUGCGCUCACGAGGAGAUGGAAAUGCGCACCUGGGCAGAAGCUUUUCCUGCCAGCCAGGUGCAAAACAUGUCCCAGUCGAUAGAGGUGUUGGACAGGAGGACUCAGAGAGACCUACAGUACGUGGAGAAGAUGGAAAACCAGAUGAGGGGACUGGAAUCCAAAUUUAAGCAAGUGGAAGAAAGCCACAAGCAGCACCUGGCAAGGCAGUUUAAGGCAAUAAAAGCGAAAAUGGAGGAACUUAGGCCUUUGAUACCAGUGUUGGAAGAGUACAAAGCCGAUGCCAAAUUGGUAUUGCAGUUUAAAGAGGAGGUCCAGAAUCUGACGUCAGUUCUAAACGAACUCCAGGAGGAGAUUGGCGCCUAUGACUACGAAGAGCUUCAGAACAGAGUGUCAAAUCUUGAAGAAAGGCUUCGUGCAUGCAUGCAAAAAUUAGCCUGUGGGAAGCUGACGGGAAUAAGUGACCCGAUCACAAUUAAAACCUCGGGGUCCCGCUUUGGAUCGUGGAUGACGGAUCCUCUGGCUCCCGAGGGAGAAAACAAGGUUUGGUACAUGGACAGCUACCACAACAACCGCUUCGUCCGCGAGUACAAAUCCAUGGCGGAUUUCAUGAACACCGACAACUUCACCUCCCACCGCCUGCCGCACCCGUGGUCGGGCACGGGCCAGGUGGUCUACAACGGCUCCAUCUACUUCAACAAAUACCAAAGCCACAUCAUCAUCAGGUUCGACUUGAAGACGGAGACCAUCCUCAAGACGCGCAGCCUGGACUACGCCGGCUACAACAACAUGUACCACUACGCCUGGGGCGGCCACUCGGACAUCGACCUCAUGGUGGACGAGAACGGGCUCUGGGCCGUCUACGCCACCAACCAGAACGCCGGCAACAUCGUCAUCAGCAAGUUGGACCCCAACACCCUGCAGAGCCUGCAGACCUGGAACACCAGCUACCCGAAACGCAGCGCCGGCGAGGCCUUCAUCAUCUGCGGCACCCUCUACGUCACCAACGGCUACUCGGGCGGCACCAAGGUGCACUACGCCUACCAGACCAACGCCUCCACCUACGAGUACAUCGACAUCCCCUUCCAGAACAAGUAUUCCCACAUCUCCAUGUUGGACUACAACCCCAAGGAUCGGGCUCUCUACGCCUGGAACAACGGGCACCAAAUCCUAUACAACGUCACCCUCUUCCACGUCAUCCGCUCCGACGAGUUGUAGCCCGGCCUUGGUUCGAAACUGGGUUUAGGGGGGGAAAUAAAUAAAUAAAUUAAAGUGAAAAUUUAAAAAAAAAAUUAAUAAUAAUAAUAAAAAGGAGAAAAAAAAGGGGAGAAACUAAUUUAAACAAAAAUGCUAUUAAGGAAACAUACUUUAAAUAAGUAAACAUAUAAACAGCUGCCAAAAUUAAGACCAACAUCAUGGAGGAUUAUUCAGCAUAAGCCUGACAGAUCAGCAUUACCUCUACAUUUCUAGAAGUCUGGCCCUGUGUUAUAGACUCACGAGUAACCGUGUACUUGCAGCUGGAACUGCACUCAGAGAACCACUUCAGUUUGGGGUUUUGUUUUGUUUCUGUUCUGAUAGCAAACCUAGAGAACAUCCUCAAGCAGUAAGGCAAUGACUGUUGGAAGUUCACCCUCGGGAGCCUCGCUCUCCUCCGUGUGUGGGUUGCAUGGACAUUCCCCCGGCGCCGCGGGCAGCUGUGAUGGAUGUGUGGAAAGGAAAAGCAGGAAAAGCUGACCCGUGAGGAGCUCUGGCUGUCUCAACAAGACCUAUCACAGGUUAGUUUUCUUUGCCUUCCAUUGCAGCUACUGUCUCUCUCAACUGUGUUCUUGUCACUUAGAUUAACUGUGCUGAGACCCGAAGUAGCUCAUGGAUCUGUGUCUUAGUAACUUAUUAAACACGAUGGUUUAAGUAUGUAUUAUGAACAAGCUGUUGUACCCAUAUUGUUUGAACUUAUGUAUUCAGCAACUAUAUUGUAAAAUGUAUGUCUGUUAUUUACCAGAGGUGGCAAAACUUUGUAUGUCCCGUUUAUGCAAUGAAUGUUGUAAAUGCAAUGAUGUAGUUUGGAUUUAAUAAAUGAUGGGUUUUUUUCGUUUCUAAAAAGGCAAAAAAAAAAAAAAAAAUAAGGUCAGUGUUCACCCUUAUACACAGGUAACCAAUUUCAUGUUGAUAAUUACAGGAAUAUUCUCUUACUGUUAUCUAUCUACAUAGCAUUAUGGUGGUUGGAAAUCGCUUCCGUGGAGAUUCUGUGGCAGCAGAUUCCCACGGGAAGCUUUGUUUAUGGAAGUGUGAAGGUAAUUAAUUUUUUUUUAAGAGGAAAACUUUGUACUAUCCACAGUUAUCUAAGGAACAAUAAAACUAUUAGGAGACUUC